GCCCCUCCUUCUCGAGCUCCACCCAGGUCGCUGGCAGCGCGGUCCGUGGCCGCGAUUUCCCGCCAUUGUGAGAAGUGGAGCCUGGGACGGUCUCCUCUCCUCCGGUCGCCGGCCAGCAGCUUUGAGGCCCUCGUCGCCGUCACCGCAGCCACCCCUCCUCGAGACGCGCGGAGGCCCCGCGGCUCGCGACGCCCCCGCGCGUGGGAGGGCCCGGACGAGGAGCGGCCGAGCCCCCGAGGAGAAGCCGGGCUGCGAGCGCGCUCGGCCCGCAGAGAAGCGCCGCACGGGCCGCGCUGGCCCCGGCCCUCAGCGCCAUGCCCUGUGGAGAAGACUGGCUGAGCCACCCGCUCGGGAUCGUGCAAGGCUUCUUCGCACAAAAUGGAGUUAAUCCUGACUGGGAGAAGAAAGUUAUUGAAUACUUCAAGGAAAAGCUGAAGGAAAAUAAUGCUCCUAAAUGGGUGCCAUCAUUAAAUGAAGUCCCUCUUCAUUACCUGAAGCCUAACAGCUUUGUCAAGUUUCGGUGCAUGAUUCAGGAUAUGUUUGACCCUGAGUUUUACAUGGGAGUUUAUGAAACAGUUAAUCAGAACACAAAAGCACGAGUUCUUCAUUUUGGAAAAUACCGAGAUGUAGCAGAAUGUGGGCCCCAACAAGAACUUGACUUGAGCUCUCCACGGUCUACCACUUCGGAAAGACAGACCUUCUACUGCGUCCCCGUGCCUGGGGAGUCUUCGUGGGUCAAAGAGGCCUAUGUCAAUGCAAACCAAGCUCGAGUCAGUCCCUCGACCUCCUAUACUCCCAGUAGGCACAAGAGGAGUUACGAAGAAGAUGAAGAUAUGGACCUACAGCCCAAUAAACAGAAAGACCAACAUUCAGGUGCCCGGCAAGCAGGAGGCCUUGGGAGCCUUCACUGGUGCGGAGAGCCAAAACGCUUAGAAACUGAAGCUUCCUCUGGGCAGCAGCUGAACUCCUUGAACCUCUCUUCCCCUUUUGAUCUGAACUUCCCUCUGCCAGGAGAAAAGGGCCCUGCCUGCCUUGUUAAGGUCUACGAAGAUUGGGAUUGCUUCAAAGUCAACGAUGUUCUUGAGUUAUAUGGUGUGCUCUCUGUGGAUCCUGUCCUGAGCAUACUGAAUAAUGAAGAAAGAGAUACCUCUGCACUGCUGGACCCCAUGGAGUGCACAGACAUGGCCGAGGAGCAGAGAGUGCAUAGCCCUCCAGCUUCAUUAGUGCCAAGAAUCCAUGUGAUUUUAGCCCAGAAGCUGCAGCACAUCAAUCCAUUGUUACCCACUUGCCUUAACAAGGAAGAGAGCAGAACCUGUCAAUUUGUGUCCAAUUUCAUGUCUGAGUUGUCUCCAGUCAGAGCAGAGCUGCUUGGAUUCCUCACUCACGCACUCUUGGGAGAUAGUUUGGCUGCUGAAUAUCUUAUAUUGCAUCUCAUCUCUACAGUGUAUACAAGAAGAGAUGUACUUCCACUAGGAAAAUUUACAGUUAACCUGAGCGGUUGCCCACAGAACAGUACCUUCACAGAACACCUGUACCGGAUCAUCCAGCAUCUUGUUCCAGCAUCUUUUCGUCUACAGAUGACGAUAGAAAAUAUGAACCAGUUGAAACUCAUUCCCCACAAAGACUAUACAGCCAACCGACUGGUCAGUGGCCUCCUUCAGCUGCCCAACAACACUUCCCUGGUCAUUGAUGAGACUCUUCUGGAGCAAGGGCAGUUGGACACGCCAGGUGUUCAUAAUGUAACUGCCCUGAGCAACCUGAUAACCUGGCAGAAGGUGGAUUAUGACUUCAGUUACCACCAGAUGGAGUUCCCAUGUAAUAUCAAUGUUCUCAUCACAUCAGAGGGGAGGUCACUACUUCCGGCAGACUGCCAGAUUCACUUGCAGCCCCAGCUGAUACCACCCAACAUGGAGGAAUACAUGAACGGCCUGCUCUCAGCUGUGCUGCCGUCUGUGCUCAACAAGUUCCGAAUCUACCUGACCUUGUUGAGAUUCCUGGAUUACAACAUAUCAGAUGAUAUAACUAAGGCAGUUGAAGAUGAUUUUGUGGAAAUGCGUAAAAAUGACCCUCAGAGUAUCACGGCUGAUGAUCUCCACCAGCUGCUUGUGGUGGCUCGAUUUCUGUCUCUGAGCGCUGGUCAGACAACACUCUCAAGAGAAAGAUGGCUCAGAGCAAAGCAGCUGGAGCACUCCAGAAAGAACAGGCUUCAGCAGCAGAAGAGCGUGAACGGGAACGAGCUUUAGAACUCUGAACUUGCAGAGAACGGCUAGCUACAUACAGCCUCUGCUGUACAAUCCAGAGUCCUUUAUACCACAUUGUUUUAUAGAUAAUUUGUAUCCAAAAAAAGUGACUUUUCCUGAGUCAAGUCUGGUGACACCUAAAGUUUAUAUGAUUCUCUGUAAGGGCUUUUACCUUACUGGUUUUAUGGAGUUUUGGAGUUUGUUUUAUAAUUAGUUAUGAUGUACAAAAAUGUAUUUGAUAUUAAAGGUUUAAUAAUGAUAAUGUUGCUGAUCAUACCAUUUCCUUAGCCACAGCUCCAUCUUAGGCCAGACUAUGAAGUGCCAGCUUCCUCUGCAGAGCUAUCUGAAGAGCUAUGCUAAUUCAGAACAGGUCUGAGUGAAGACACGUUCAGGAUGUGACUUCUCUAGUGUCAUUUUCUACACAUUUGCCACAGAAGCAGUUUCCCACAUCCCAGCUGUGCCAGUCGGCUCUGAGAACUGGGCUUUCCCAUGGUGGUGGUUCCCGGCUUUCAGAUUUCACAGACUAGUAAUGCCUCUCUGGGGUAGGGGUGCCAAGUGAUUUUGCCAAGUCAAAGACGAACAAAACACACUGUGAUCACUGUCUUGUUUUCAUAAAGGACAUUCUCAGAGCAUGAGCAUCUUUUAAUGGAAUAAAUGCAGCUUUGUGAAGAU